AUGGCAUUCAGCGCCGAGCAAGUUCAACUGAUCGUGUCCGCAGCCGUAACGGAAGCCUUGAAAAACUUUCCUCGAGAACGGACCUCAACUUCGGCCCACACCAUCAUGGAGCACAUCAACAGCCGAAUCCCGAAGUUCACUUUCAAAUCCGACGAAGGACACACCUUCGAAAAAUGGUAUGAUCGAUACUCGCCGAUACUAGAGGCUGAAGGUGGCGCUCUCGCCAAGGAAGACAAAAUCAGAUUCAUCAUCAGUAAACUGAACGUCAGUGAAUACGACUCCUUCGUCAACUACAUAAAGCCGAAGAAAAUCAUUGAAUUGAAAGCAGAAGAGACAAUCGAGCUCCUGAAAAAAUUAUUCUCCAUCCCCACCAGUCUAUUCAAGCGCCGCAUAAAAUCGCUUCGCAUCAAGCGUUCCGGUCGUCCCAUGAAAGAACUAAUGGGUCUGAUCAACGAAGCAGCCGAAGAAGCAGAGUGGGGGGAUAUAACCCUCGACAAAAUGAAGCAAUACAUCCUCAUGUUAUCGCUCAUGAACCCCGAAGACAACGAUAUUCGUGCCCGGGCAGCGAGACUUAUGGAGGAGAACGAGGACGAAUAUAGCUUUCCAGAAAUCAUCGACGAUCUGGAACAUUUCGAACAACUCAAGAAGGAUCUCAACCCGACGACUAAAAGCCGCUUCGAGAUCAACAAAAUCCAAAAAAAAUCACCGAGAGAAAACGCUCCACCGAAAGACGAGCAACAACCCUCCACGAGCAAUAAUUACAAGAAACCGUGCUACAGGUGUGCCAAAACGAACCAUCAUCACCGAGAUUGUCGACACAAGAACACAACUUGUUCGAUCUGUUCGAAAGUGGGCCACCUUCCUCGAGCCUGUUUUUCAAAUCGAUCUACGGAUUUCACGCCUGAUCGAAAUGUUCGACAGAUCCGGUUACAACCCAAUAACGUCAGACGGUUCACAAAGCAGGUCACCAUUAGCGGUCGGACGUUCAGUUUGACUCUAGAUACAGGCGCGGAAGUCUCACUUAUCUCUCGCCGAAUCUGGUCUCAACUCAACAAACCAGCGCUACGCUCACCUACAGUUAGCCUGACGUUGGCCGACGGAAACCCCCUAAGAGUCAUCGGAACGUUUCGCUGCGCCGUUCGCAUGAACAGUCUCGAAUUUCACACCGACUGUCAUGUAACAGAAAACUGUGAAUUACUCGGGCUAGACUGGAUCCAAAGGGACCCAGAGUUGAAAAAGUUUCUCCAAGAUCAGUCCAGGAACCCUCCCGCGAGGUCGAUUCAAUCUGUAAUGGGAUCCAUCGACAUCAAGGAAAAAGAAAUCCAAAAGAAUCUCAAGCGGAAGUUUCCUGAAGUCUUCACCGAAAGCCUAGGGAAAUGCACAACAUUCGAAGCGACUUUCAAGGUCAAAGAAAACUCCGCACCGAGCUUCAAGAAAGCACGUCCCGUAGCAUAUGCUCUACUUCCGAAGAUUGUCGAUGAAAUCGAGCGACUCGUGAGCGAGGACGUUCUCGAGCCGACAGCCCAUUCCAAGUAUGCCGCACCGGUGGUCAUCGUCCAAAAGAAAGACGGAACGAUCCGGCUCUGCGCCGAUUACUCCACGGGAUUGAAUAACUCAAUCGAAGACGACGCUUAUCCCCUUCCCACGGCCGAAAGUAUCUUCGCGAAACUCAACGGCGGGAGAUAUUUUUCCCAGCUGGAUCUCGCAGAGGCUUACCUGCAGAUACCAGUAGAGAGUCAAUCGCAAGAACUCCUUACCAUCAACACGGCGAAGGGAUUGUUCAAAAUGAAACGAUUAGCUUACGGGGUAAAGACUGCGCCAAGCUUGUUCCAGCGUCUCAUGGACACUAUCACCAAUGAUCUACCAGGUACAACCGCGUACCUCGAUGACAUACUGGUAACCAGCUCGACAAUCGAAGAACACGAGGGAAGACUAGCGAAGGUGUUUCAACGUCUCCAAGAGAACGGACUGAGAAUCCGCGAAGAAAAAUGCUCAUUCCUCCGGACGGAAGUGAAAUUCCUAGGUUUCAUUCUCAGCGGCGAAGGCCGAAAACCAGAUCCCGACAAAACGAAGGCGAUCGUGGAGAUGCCCUCACCGAGAAACAUCUCCGAACUCCGCGCAGCGCUGGGCAUGAUUACCUUCUACAGUCAAUUUAUCCCGGACAUGAAAACUCUGAAAGAACCAAUGAACAACUUGCUCAAAAAAGAUGCAGGGUUCGAAUGGACACACGCAUGCGAAAGAAGUUUCCAAAAGAUGAAGCAAUGCCUCCAAUCGGACCUUCUGCUAACACAUUAUGAUCCGAAUCUACCAAUCAUCAUAAGUGCUGACGCGAGCCAGAGUGGAAUUGGCUGUGUAUUAUUGCAUGAAAUGCCUAAUCAAACUCAGAAGGCUAUUAUGCACGCAUCGCGCUCCCUUUCCGAUACUGAACGCAAAUACAGCCAGAUCGAAAAGGAGGCACUCGCGCUCGUUUAUGCUGUCAAGAAGUUCCACAAAUUCAUCUUCGGUCGAAAAUUCAUCCUCAACACCGACCAUAAGCCAUUACUCUCGAUAUUCGGCUCAAAAAACGGUAUCUCAGCCCACUCGGCGAACAGACUACAACGAUGGGCCGUGAUUCUCCUGGAUUACCAAUUUGAAAUCCGGUACAAGAAAACGACAGACUUCGGCGAAGCCGACGCCUUGUCCCGCCUCAUCGUAGAACAACAGAGUCACCUCGACGGCAACAACGAGCUGCCCGACAAAGUCAUAGCGAGCAUCGAAUUAGACGAUGAAAACUCCCUCGACGAAAACAUUGCGGCUCUACCUGUAACCAGAGACGAAAUUCGAAGAGGGACCUUGUCCGAUAGAAUCCUCUCUCGAGCCAAAAAGUUCAUCGACAGCCAGUGGCCAAAAAUCUCUCGCGAAGACGCCCUCUUCGCCUUGUACUCGAGACGGAGUGAAUUGAGCAUCUCCGGGGGCAUCAUCUUGUUCAGAAACCGAGUCGUUAUCCCGGCCGACCUCCAGAAGGAAGUGCUAACCACUCUGCACAACGGGCACCCUGGAGAGACGAGAAUGAAAGCACUUGCGAGAUCAUACGUGUACUGGCCACAAAUUGACGACCAAAUCAAGGAGUUUGUCAGAUCCUGCGAUGACUGUCAGCUGGCCAGUAAGAACCCGGUAAAGAUCCCAUUAUCGCCAUGGGAAAAGCCAGAGGGACCCUGGAAGCGAAUCCACGCGGACUUUGCCGGGCCAAUGAAAAACGUGCAUUAUCUCAUCAUCGUUGACUCGUUCUCCAAUUGGCCGGAAAUCAUCCCAAUGAAGAAAAUCACCACAGCAAAUACGAUCGAGGCAUUUGAAAGCUUAUUUACCCAAUAUGGUGUUCCUGAAGAAAUCGUCACCGAUCACGGAACCCAGUUCACAGCUCACGACUUCAAAGAAUUUUGCCGUAGAAACGACAUAAAGAAAUCUUUCUCGGCCGUCAACUUCCCGCAAAGCAACGGGAGAGCAGAAAGGAUGGUAGAUACAUUCAAAAGAGCUUUGUCAAAAAUGCAACGAGAAGGCACCACCUCCGCAAACAUCCAGAAAUUCCUGAGGUCAUAUCGAACGAUUCCAUCGCAAGCCUUAGACGGAAAAACGCCGGCAGAAAUGUUCACGGGGAGAAAGUUCCGAACCGAACUCGACAUGCUGCUCCCACAAGCUGAAAAAACCAAUGCCAUUGCUUCAAUACAAACUUCCAGGUAUGAAGCUCGAAUGAAAAAGAACUUCGAUAGACAUCACGGAGUUAGAGAGAAGAGCUUCGAGACAAACGACCCGGUGUAUGUCCGGAUGGAACGACACAACAAACAAUAUUGGGCCCACGGUAAUGUGGAGCGGCGCAACAAUGUCAUGUAUGAUGUUGAAGUUGAAAACCGAACAACAUUGCGACACGCGAACCAAUUAAGACGGCGGCACACUCCAAACCAACACCGCCAAGGAGAUGUCUACGACGGUCUCAUGCUGGCUUUCGAAAUGCCCCUACCCAAACGGAGAACGACAACUCGAGGGAGGGAGGAGACCCAAGUGGAGAAGCAGAUGUUCCAGACCCCAGAGCCGAUAACACCGAUCAUUUGUAAGAUGGAAACCCUGUGCAAGAAGAUUAAGGCGAUGGACGGCCAAGCCGUGACCGGAGACGAACGAGAUGCGCUCAUGGAGUCGAUCCGAGCCCUUGAAGAACAAGUAGGAGAAGCUGACCCUGAAAUUCGAGCACUCUUACAAGAGACCCAACGGGUCAUGAAGGAAACAGACAUGAAGGCUGACGACGUUUCACAACUUCUAGAAAACUUGUCGAUCCAGGAAGCACCAUCUCAACCAACAUCCUCCCGGUAUAGCGCACAUCAACAAGCAAAUACCGCGCAGCAGAGCCUGGCAGACGAGAUCGCGGAAGCGGUAAGGUCGGCUCGCCCAUCGGUGGAAGAUGUGGCCACAACCACCGCUGAACGCCCCGCGACAACCAAAACCCGAGGACCGGAAGCUUCAGUUGAAAUCCCAUCGACCUCGGCCAGGAGGGAACUUUUCAGAAGUGGGGCCACGAGCGAUAGUGAAGAAGACCCGUCACCACUAGAACGGUCUAUUUUCGAUAAUCAAGAGCCGAUAGCGUUCAAGUCACCAGAAGAAAACCGAAUCGCGCUCCCAACGCGGAACAGGAAGCGAACUUCCUUUCUCGACGUAACUCACACCAAAUCCCCCCGCUACAAAUCUCGCAAGAAAUACUGA